GACUGAGGAAGUAAACAAACAGUGGCUGUAGUCAGUAAGAUCUGUUAAAAUAUAUUUCUUUAAUAAAAUAUGUGUUAAUUUCUCUCAGUUUAUGUUGUUUUUUUUUCACGUUCAUUCUUAUAACGUUAAUUCGAGCCGUUGUAAAAUAAGAAACAGCAGACUUCAGAGGGUUAAGGAUGAGCAGUCAGAGUUCUGCCCGAGGGUCAUGGAGGGGUGGAAACAACUCAGCUGGAGGAGGAGGAGGGUGGAGAGGAGGAAGAGGAUGGAAUAAUGGUCAGUACAGAGGAUGGAGAGGCCGUCAAUGUUGCAGAGGAGGAGGGAACUAUUCCACCAACAAUACACAACAUGGAUUUACUCCACAAGUUAGUCAAGCAACCCUUGACAUCAUGUGUCCAUACAAAGGAUGGCGACUCUAUUUUUCUGAAGGUUUUGUCGAAAGUUCACCAUAUGUUGAGAAGAUUAAAGUCUUUGAGCAGUACUUCACAUCGCAGAUUGAUCUUUAUGAUAAGGAUGAGAUUGAAAGGAAAGGCAGCAUUUUGGUGGACUACAAAGACCUUCUGUUUAACAAACUGAUUUCACACACUCUACCUGAUCUUGCCAAAGAUCUUAAAGAAAUGCCUGAGAAGAUUCUGGACUGCUUGGGUGUGGCAAUUCAUCAGGUGUUGACUGUGGAUCUGGAGCGACGUGCAGCAGAACUGCAGGGACAGGAAGAGCUUCCUGCAGGUCUACGCCCCAUAAUCAACAUCCCUUAUAUCAGCGCCAGGAUUCAGGAGCUGAUGUCAGGUGACCAGCGUGAGUCCGGUCGGAUCCCGCGCACCAUUGAAUGUGAGCUCACGCAGGACCUCGUGGACAGCUGUGUGCCUGGAGACAUGGUCACCAUCACAGGGGUCAUUAAAGUGUCCAAUGAAGAGGGAAAUAACAGAAACAAGAAGGACAAGUGUAUGUUCCUGUUGUACAUUCAGGCGAAUUCUGUCAGCAACUCGAAGGGUCAGAAAAGCAAAGCGGCGUCUGAUUCUGAGGGCCAGGGACCUUCAGUGGAGUUCUCCAUCAAAGAUCUCUAUGCCAUCCAAGAGAUUCAAGCUCAAGAGGACUUAUUCAAACUCAUAGUGAACUCUCUUUGUCCUGCCAUUUAUGGCCAUUUGCUUGUCAAAGCAGGACUGGCUCUGACUCUGUUUGGUGGAUGUCAAAAGUAUGUUGAUGAUAAAAAUCGUAUCCCAAUAAGAGGAGACCCGCAUAUUCUUAUCGUUGGAGACCCUGGACUUGGUAAAAGUCAGAUGUUACAGGCCGUGUGUAACGUGGCUCCACGGGGCGUAUAUGUUUGUGGAAACACGACCACCACCUCAGGACUGACUGUAUCUCUGUCCCGGGACAGUGGAUCGGGAGAUUACGCUCUUGAGGCUGGAGCGCUGGUGCUGGGAGAUCAAGGUAUCUGUUGUAUUGAUGAGUUUGAUAAGAUGGGCAGCCAGCAUCAGGCUCUUCUGGAGGCCAUGGAGCAACAGAGCAUCAGUCUGGCUAAAGCUGGGAUUGUCUGCACACUUCCUGCUCGAACCUCCAUCAUUGCAGCGGCCAAUCCAGUCGGAGGGCAUUACAAUAAAGCCAAGACUGUCUCUGAGAACCUGAAAAUGGGAAGUGCGCUGCUGUCCAGGUUCGAUCUGGUCUUCAUCUUGUUGGACACCCCUAACGAGGACCACGACCACCUGCUGUCCGAACACGUGAUGGCCAUGCGUGCAGGAAAGAGCGGUGCGGUCAGCAGUGCUGCGGUCACACGCUACAGCACGCAGGAGUCCAGCAUCUCCAUUCUGGAGGUGUCCUCGGAGAAACCCCUCGCUGACACACUCAAACUGGUUCCAGGAGAGGCCUUUGACCCCAUCCCUCACCAGCUUUUGCGGAAGUACGUGGGCUACGCCCGCCACUACGUUCACCCCACUCUCUCUGCAGAGGCUGUGCAGGUGCUGCAGGACUUUUAUCUGGAGCUGCGCAAACAGAACCAAACGGCCGACAGCACACCCAUCACCACCCGCCAGCUGGAGUCCCUCAUCCGACUCACAGAGGCCAGAGCUCGUGUUGAGCUCAGAGAAAAAGCUACGCAAAGUGAUGCGGAGGAUGUCGUGGAGAUCAUGAAACACAGCUUGGCCGACACUUACUCUGAUGAGUUUGGCCGUCUGGAUUUCGACCGCUCUCAGCUGGGCUCUGGGAUGAGUAACCGCUCCAAAGUCAAGAAAUUUGUCACGGCGUUAAACAAACUCGCUGAACGCACCAACAAAAGCAUGUUUGAGUUCCAGGAGCUACGACAGCUCGCCAAAGAUCUGCAAAUACAGGUUGUGGAUUUUGAGGGCUUCAUCGGUGCACUCAAUGAGCAGGGUUACCUUCUGAAGAAAGGGCACAGGACCUAUCAGCUUCAAACCAUAUGAACCAGCCACCUCUAUGAUGUUUUACACUCUUACUGUGUCGUACUGUUGUGUUAGUUUUUUAAUGCAACAGAUAUUAUAUUUAUAACACACAGUGUAAUGUAUGUUUACACAAAUGCUUCAGUAUUUCCAUGUUAUGAACUGUACAUUGUUUUCAUGUACACAAAU